AUGCAAUACCAUUACCCACAAGCCUCUCUCCCCGGCCUCCCCGUCGAACUCCGCCUAAUCAUCCUCCAACACGCCCUUCUCCUCAACUCCCGCAUCGAAAUCCGCCAUCAACAAAAGUGCACCUCCCAUCCCAUCAGUACCAUGAUCAGAAGAACUCUCCAAGCAACAAUCUCUCCAUCGUCCUCUUCACGCACCGCCUGGUCACUCCUGCAAAUCAACUCUCAAAUCCGGAAUGAAGCCCUCCCGCUCUUUUUCGAACUCUGCAAUUUCCACUUUUAUGACACGUUGACCCGUUCUCUGCUUGCAAGUUUCUUGCAGACGAUUGGGGGAGAUGCGGUCAUUGGUCGUAUGAAGCAUGUUUCUUUUCAUACUAGAGGGAAAUGUAUCAUGUUUGGUUUGGGGGAUGCAGAAGAAGAAGAAGGCCCAUCAUCAUCAUCAACCCCCUACUCCAACGGCUGGACAACCAACUCCUAUCCCUCCCGCUCCGAAGAUUACUGUCUCCGAGACCUCACCAUCAACCUUUCCCACCCCUCCUCCUCCUCCUCCUCAUCCUCUUCCUCCUCUUCCUCCUCCUCUUCCUCCCCUCCACAACCCGACAUCUUCAACAACAUCUUCACCACCUCCCGCCUCUGGACGAACCACAACCCGUUAGCAAAACAAUUAUGCUCCAAUGGGGCUUUUGCGUGUCGAGAACAGAUGUGUGAGGCGUUUGAGAAGGCUGGGAUUUUGGAUUGGAGAUGUGGCGAGGAGGAGGAGGUGAAGGGAAAGGAGAAGAAGAUGAUCAUCAUGAGCGAGGCGAAAAUCUUGCAAGUGUGGGAUGUGAUGAGUAGAGAUCAUCAUCAUCAUAAUAGUUGUUGUGUAUUUUGA